GUACUUUACUACACCGAACCUCUGAGAGCUGCCCUGUUGUCUCAUCUGUGUUCUAAGGAAUUUUGUCUAUCAUGUGAAUUGGGUUUCCUCUUUCAUAUGCUCUACACUUCAUCUCCAAAUCAGCCUUGUCAGCCUGGUAACUUUUUAAGAGCUUUCAGAACAGUACCGGAAGCAUCAGCCCUUAGUUUGAUUUUGAGUGAUCUCCAUCCUGAAGCUAAACAAAAAAUUGAACUCUCCUCUCUCAUUCAGAGCUGGAAUAGGUUUGUGCUUCACCAAAUGCAUGUCGAAUUAUGUGAAACAAAAAAGAAACUUGAAGAAAAAAAAGUGAACAGGAAACCAUUUGUCUACAAAGAAAUAGAUUUUCCCAUAAUUUCUGAUAAUAUGAGAGAAAAACGUCCUUCGUUUGCUGGCGACGUAGAUAUUAAAAUGGAAGAUGAAAAACGAGAGGAUGUAUCAGAGUUGAGCCAAUUGUUUGGAACAAAACAGCUGCAAAUCAACUCUUGCUUGAAAUGUGGCAAUGAGGUCCGAAAAGAAUCUGUUCUUCUUGCCUGUAAUUUGGUUUACCCUCCGCUUGAUUCAGGUAGAGAUGAAUGGAGUUUUUGUGAUAUUUUAACACGAUCUUUAUGCCCCCAACAAACAACUCCUGCAUGGUGUGAAAAAUGUUCCAAAUUUUCCCCGACAUCUCAAUCCAGAAUAUUACAGUCUGUGCCGAACCUUCUAGCAGUCAAUACUGGUUUACACAAUCCUCAGCAUAAACAGUUCUGGCAAACUCAAAUGGAUAAAGUGGUAGCCAGAGUGACCACUGUUGAUAUUAACAAUAGAUCUUCUACACCAACAUCCUCUGUGGGCUCAUCUAAACCUUGUCGAUAUGGCGACCACUGUUCCAGACCAGGGUGUAGGUUUAGGCAUAGCUUUGAUAAUACUCCACCGGCACCACCACUCAAUAACCCUUACUGCAGCAAUAAUUGGUUACCGCAUUGUAUUGAGUUGAGUCUGAAGGCAGAAAAAUUGGAAAUAAGGAAAAUAUCAGAAGAAGAGGAAACUCCUACAGGUGAUAAUGACAUAAGGAAGAUUUAUGAGUUAACAGCAGUCGUUUGUUAUAUAAAUGACCAAACUUCUAUAGAUAAGCGCAACCUAGUGUCAUUAAUAAAGGUACCUGAAUUCUACUUCAAAGAAAAAGACAAGGAAUCGCCUGAACAUAGGUGGUACCUCUUCAAUGAUUUCUCUAUCAGUCCUGUUUCUGCGCACGAAGCUGCUUGGUUCAGCUUGGAUUGGAAAACUCCUUGUGUGUUAUAUUACUCAUCGUCAGAAAUUCUGAAGAGCAAAACUGAAAUUCAUCAACCAUUGUCAAGGGAUGUCUUCAACGAAGAUGCAAGUUUAGCUAGAAGUGGAGGGACACGAGGUAUUACCUUCACCCCACUUCAUGACAAUGAGAUACUGAAAUCGGGAGAUUUGGUUGCCAUGGAUGCAGAAUUUGUUACUCUCAAUCAAGAGGAAGCUGAACUCAGAAGUGAUGGAAAAAUGUCAACUAUAAAACCUUCUCAAAUGUCAGUUGCAAGAAUUACCUGCAUUCGAGGGAGCGGACCAUUGGAAGGGACGCCUUUUAUAGAUGAUUAUAUUUCUACGCAAGAACAGGUUGUAGACUACUUGACCAAGUUUUCUGGAAUAAAACCUGGUGACUUAGAUGCUAACUUCAGUUCAAAGCAUUUGACAACACUCAAGUCUACUUACACCAAAUUGAGGUUUUUGCAGGAGAGUGGGGUUGUUUUUGUUGGUCAUGGUCUCAAAAAUGAUUUUAGGGUAAUUAAUCUGGUAGUUAAUGCUGAACAAGUGGUGGACACUGUCCAGUUGUUUCACUUGCCGCAUCAUCGUAUGGUUUCACUCAGAUUUUUGGCAUGGCACUUUUUGGGAAUCAAAAUUCAGUCUGAGACACACGAUUCAGUAGAAGAUGCCAGAGCAGCACUUCAGCUAUAUAAAAAGUACAAACAAUUAGAAAAGCAGAAUAAAGUAGGGGAUGCUUUAUCUGAGUUAUAUGAAACGGGUAAAGUACUUAACUGGAAAGUUCCAGAAGAUUAGUUUCUCUGUUGAGAGGGUAGAAACUAGUUAAUUGAAAUUAGUAAAACUGAUAUUAUUUUAGUAAAACUGAAGAUGAAAAAGUUUCAGAACCGAAAUGACCGAUAUAUUUUUCCAAUGGAGUCCGGUCAUAAUUUUUCAUUUUGUGGUAUUGAAGAAUUACCAGUUGAAAAUAAAUAUCUCGAUUUAUAUGAAUGUAGUCAAAAACCUGGUAUAUCAGAUUUUGAACUUAACUGUUCACCAGUCUGAAUUGCUCACUCCAACAAAUUUUUAUCAAAUUUUUAUCUUUAUAUCAUGUUUCAUCUGCAUUUACAUUUACACCCAUUCCAACGUAUUUUUUCCUCCUGUGUUGAAUUAAAGUCACUAAAUUAUUUUUUUAACUUGAACUGUAAUACAUUUUUUAUUGAA